GUUUUUGGUAUCUCCUGGUAAUAGGUACUGUACACAGACUCCUCCAAAGGCGAUGUUUCUAGACUGAAACAGACUCAGUAUUAAACUGUAUAUAGCUCGGCCGGCCGGGUAUCUGAGAUCAGAUAAUCCAGAUGCGAUAUGGAUUGCUUGUUCUACUUCUGCUUCAGCCCCUGCACGACUGAGAUGCCAUCAGACUCCAGCGCCUGCGUCUUGUCAAGGAAGCUGCGAGGAAGAGUGCCCAAGCCCCCAAGGCACCCCAUCAAGCUUUUGUCCUGCAGGAUUGCCCGAAUCCAUGAAGCUCUGCCCGAAUCUCAAGUGGGCAUCGCUUCUUCCACCUGUGAUGACAAACAGACCGCCCAUGAGCCCUCGCCGUGGGGUGACUUCUUCAUCGGAUACGAGCCAAUGCAGCAGGGGUCGACGGAAUGGAUGAAUGUGCAAGUGGAUAAACUGAAGGAGGACGUACGCAUGUUUCUCAAGACUUGCAACAACACAAGGGCAAGAAUGUUCUUACUGGAUACACUCCAACGUCUCGGGAUAGAUCACCAUUUUCAAGACUGGAUCGAUGCCGCGUUGAUCGAAAUCCUAGAGAGUACUGAAUUUAGUAGCUCCUCCAGCCUCCAAGAAGUUUCUCUUCGGUUUCGCUUGCUUAGGGAGCACGGGUAUUGGCUAUCUCCAGAUGUUUUCAACAAAUUCAUGGCUGACGAUGGGAGCUUCAGCAAGUAUCUUACGAAUGAUCCAAGGGGUCUAUUAAGUUUAUACAACGCAGCUCAUCUUCUCGUUCAAGGUGAACCAAUACUCGAAGAAGCCAUCAGUUUUGCAAGGCAUCAUCUCGAAUCAAUGAGUGGCAGUCUAAAGUCCCCACUAGCCGGGGAAGUCAAACGUGCCCUUCACAUACCAUUGCCAAGGACCUGCAGGAGGGCGGAAACGCUGCAUUAUAUCUCGAAUUAUGAAAAAGAGGAAGGGCACGACCCAAUUCUUCUGGAGCUCGCAAAACUGGAUUUCAACCUCCUGCAGUAUGUCCACUUGAAGGAACUGAGAGCUAUCACUGAGUGGUGGAAACAGUUUUCUGGACAUAUUGGGUUAAGCUAUAUUCGUGAUCGUGUGGUGGAGAGCUACACUUGGGCCUAUGUUCUAUACUAUGAGAAAGGCUUUGAGCUGCCCCGAAGUAUGUUCACCAAGAUGCUUGUUCUAAUUACCACCAUAGAUGACACGUAUGAUAGCCAUGCCACCAUAGAGGAAUGCCGUAAGCUACAUGAAGCAAUACAAAGAUGGGAUGAGCGUGCCGUUUCUCUUCUGCCAGACUACCUCAAGAAGUUGUACAUUGAGUUGUUGAGGACCUUCAAGAAUAUCGAGGCUGAAAUGCCCAGAAAUAUCAACUACGAUAUUGCUUACCUCAAGAAAGCGAUUCAAAAUAAUGUGAUGGGAUACCUCCAAGAAGCCGAAUGGUCACACAAAAAUCACAAGCCAAGUUUCGAAGAACAGAUUAACUUGACUAGUGUGACCAUAGGUACACCAGCAUUAUGCGUGUGUAUGAUGGCUGGCAUGGAUAACAUGGAAAUGAAGCAGACACUUGAGUGGACAAGUAGUGUUCCCGGUCCUGUCAUAGCAGCGGCAAAGAUCGGACGUUUCAUGAAUGACAUUGCUGCAUUCGAGCGCCGAAAGUGUAAGGGAGAUGUGGCAAGCACCGUAGAGUGUUACAUCAACGACCAUGGCGUGACAGGCGAGGUAGCCAUUGCAAGAAUUGAUACACUGUUAGAAGUUGAAUGGAGAACUCUAAACCAAGCUCGCUUUGAAAACCGUGCGAUGCUCCCGGCACUGCAGCGGAUCAUCGGCUUAGCCCGUAGCGCAACCUUCUUCUUUGAUAACAGGAACGAUGCGUACACGUCCAGCAAGCAUCUCCGGAGGACUAUUGAGAGCUUCUUCGUCAAACCAAUCUAGGAUGGUCUAAGCCCCAAUUAAUUGAUGCAUAUAUGUAGCAUACUCUAAUAAAUUGUUUAGCACACGGUGGAAUAUGUACACCGCUGAUUUUGAGAUUACAGAUCGUGUACCACUCGUAUAUAUAUGUACCAGUAACAGUCCCAGUAUUUGUUAUUCUAAAAUAAAAUAAAAUAAAAUAAAAUUCGUAAA